AAGACAAUUAAUGAAUUAAAUCUUAUAUAUACGUGGUAAGGAGCGAUGUGGGAGUGAACAAAAAAGGUAUAGGUAAGAGCUGCUCUAUCUCUCUCUCUCUCCCCAUCCUCUCUCCCACACCCCACCUAUGACUUCCUUCCUCCAUUCUUCUACUAACCUCUAUCUCAUGCUACUCUCUUCAAAGAAAGUUCAACAUGAGGCAAUGAAGGCUAUUUAACAGCAAAAACCAAAUUCUCUGUCUUAAGAAAAGGAGGUACUUAAGAAAAAAGAUCGGUAGAAGCCCACACGCACUUUCUUUUGAUUUAGCAAUGUAUCAAUACAAUCACAUUGGAUAAGGUAAAGGCAUCAUCCCAGCAUAAAAAGACUAAGCCCUCGCAACAUUGAAAGAGUAAAGAGUGAGAAACUAAAGAGAGGACUAGGUGCAUAAACAAGUGCUGAGUCUAAAGAUAUAAUCAUUCAUCUUCUCCCAUACAUUUGAUGUGAUUUAGAUAUUACCAUACUUAUACUUGGCAAGACCUUCAAUUCAAUGAACAUGAACAAAUUCUCCACGAACCUUUGGUCUAAUAAAGAAGUCUCUGCUAUUACCACCAUUAGCAACUUUAUCCCAUCACCGCUCCAUCACCAUGGCUCACUCACCCUCCCAACUCAACAAACUAUGAAUGAAAAAUUGGAGGAAAAUUGGAGUAAUCAACAACCUUUAUGGCAACAACACCAUGAGAAUGCUCAGAACAGCUCCAAUCGAUCCUCCCCUGAUGAGAUCACCUUAGAGGAUCUCCUUGUGAGUUGGGGGGUAGUUAAGAAAGGGCAUAGCUCUUGCUCAAUCUCUUGCCAAUCAUCAGCACCAAAUAUGCACAAUAUAUCUAGCUUUCCAAUUCAUCAAAUGGGUGAACUGUUAGUAGAAAAUCAGGGUGAUCAACAAUCUUUAUGGAGACAACACCGUGAGAAUGCUCAUAAUAGCUCUUAUCGAUCCUCUUCUGAAGAGAUAACAUUUGAGGAUUUUCUUAUGAAAUUCGGGAUAAUUCUAGAAGGGAAAAGCUCUUGUAAAACCUCUUUUCAUCCAUCAACACCAACUAUAUAUGAUACAUCUAGCCUCCAAAUGGGUCUAGAAGGGACAGUUUUUGGCCAAGUAGAGACGGUGGCAUAUGGAGACCAUUGGGGCCCAGGAAGUGUUAUGAGUGGUGUGGGCCCAGGAGGGAUAUUUUAUGAGAAAGGGUGGAUGGGCAUGAUGAAGAUCGAAGGGCAUGAGCAAAGGGUGGGGGAUGUGGACCAUCAAAAUCUUGAAAACAUCACGACUAAGGCAUGCCCAACAAAAAUGUGCUAUAAUACAGGAGGAAUGAUGGGGAUCACAGGGAUUGGAGCACAACAAACUAAGAUGGAGAAUGGAGGCCAUCUUGAAAGUGCCAUAAGAGGGAUAUCUCUAGAAGAGAUGUGCUUUAGUGGGGUAGGGAGUAUAGGGACCAAAAGAAUCGAGGAACAACAAUUGGGUAUGGGAUCAUCAGUGACCCCGAUAUCAAUAGAUAGUUUAAUUAUUGAGCCUAAAACAUAUGAUGAUAAGGGAAUGGAACGGGAUAGGAGUGGCAAACGAAAGCGCAUGGUGUACAAAACAAAAAAGAAUGAGAUGGAGAAAAAGAUGAAAGACAAAAUCAAGAAUCGGGAGUCUGCUUCCCGCUCUCGCGCUAGAAAGGAGGUAUGA